UCGCGGAAUUUCCCGAAUAUCCAAACACUCUUCUCGCGAGAUCAGGAACGUCAGCAGCAUGGCGGUGCUCCUUGAAACGACGUUGGGCGAUGUCGUAAUUGAUUUGUUUACAGAAGAAAGGCCUAAAACUUGCCUCAACUUUCUGAAACUAUGCAAGAUAAAGUACUACAACUACUGCCUCAUCCACAAUGUGCAGAGAGACUUCAUUCUGCAGACUGGAGAUCCCACCGGGACAGGGCGUGGUGGAGAAUCUGUCUACAGCAAACUCUAUGGGGACCAGGCCCGCUUUUUUGAAGCAGAGAAAACGCCACGUAUCAAACACAGGAAGAAGGGGACGGUGUCCAUGGUGAACAAUGGAAAUGAUCAGCAUGGUUCUCAGUUCCUUAUUACCAUGGGUGAGAACUUGGACUACCUGAAUGGAGUCCAUACUGUGUUUGGGGAAGUGACGGAAGGCAUGGACAUCUUGGCCAAAAUCAAUGAGACCUUUGUGGACAAAGACUUUGUCCCAUUUCAGGAUAUCAGGAUAAACCACACUGUGAUCCUAGAAGACCCUUUUGAUGACCCUCCUGAUUUGCCAGUGCCCGAUCGAUCACCUGAGCCCACCAAAGAGCAGCUGGACAGCGGCCGAAUUGGCGCGGAUGAAGUGAUCGACGAUGCGGAUGGAAAAGAAGCCGAGGAGUUGGAGGAGAGGUUGAAGGAGAAAGAAGCCAAAACUCAGGCCAUCCUGCUGGAGAUGGUGGGUGACCUCCCUGAUGCAGAUAUGAGGCCUCCAGAGAACGUGCUGUUUGUGUGUAAACUAAACCCAGUGACCACAGACGAGGACCUGGAAAUCAUCUUUUCUCGCUUUGGGACCAUAAAAAGCUGUGAAAUCAUCAGAGACUGGAAAAGUGGAGAUUCCCUCUGUUACGCUUUUAUUGAGUUUGAAAAGCAAGAAGACUGUGAAAAGGCCUACUUUAAAAUGGACAACGUGCUCAUUGAUGAUCGACGCAUUCACGUAGACUUCAGCCAGUCCGUUUCAAAGAUCAAAUGGAAAGGCAAAGGUGGGAAGUAUACUAAAGACGACUUCAAAGCCUACGAGAAGGAUGUGGACAGCCGAUCCAAACUGGCUCUCAAAGAUCAAGCAAAGCCUAAACAAGAUUCCAAGUAUGACCUGCUAAUCGAGGAGGAAGAGGAGGCGACAAGCCAUCGACACUCUGAGAAGAAACACAAGGAGAAGAGGCACCAUCAUCAUUCAGAUGACGAGGACAGCAGGAAGUCCAAAAAGCAAAAGGACAGCGAGGAUAGCCGGCAAGACAGAAAGAUGGGGCGCCAGCACUCUCGGUCCCGCUCCCGUUCCCGCUCCAGAGACAGGGACCACAAACGCAGCAAGUCCCAGCUCAAAUAUGGAAAAGAGGGCCGUGAUAAAGGCCACAGCCGCAAGGACCGGAGCCACAGCAGCUCCUCCAAGAAGUCCAAUGAUAAAGAGAGGAGUAGGUACAGGUGAGGGGAGGGGAGGGGCUUCACCUGACCUGGAGAGUGGCGCCACAGAGAGCUCCACUGUAUUCAGCAUCAAUUAUACGGCAUCUACAUGUUCACAAGCUGUCCUAACUACUGCUGUCUUUAAUAUCACCUGAUCUGAAGUUUGAGAAAACUAAUUGAGUGAUGAUCAGGUCCCAUUGUCUUGAAGAAAAAACAUUGUUUGAGAAAUGCUUUUUUAUAUGUAUAUUAAAAAAAAUCCUCCAAAAUGUGA